AUGUCUUCUUCUAACUCUUGUAACGAAGAUUCAGCAGCAGUGCUGAUAAUCCCAACUCAUACAAAUCAUCAUCUCAAUGUAACAACCUCACCAAAAUCACCAACCCCCUCAAGUAAUGUUCCGUUCUUAGCUCAAAAUUCUAAAAAGCAAAAAUCUCAAGCUUCUGUUAGGUCAUUGUUGUUGGAGAAACGUAAAUCAACUUCUAGGAUUACGCCUCUAGAUUCUAUUCAAAGUCAUUCGAAACCUAGACUAAACAAUUCGAAUCAGAAUAUUCAAUCACCUCACAAGUUGGUUUCAACUCAAAGUACAGCCUCAAUAAGGACUGCAAGAAGUUCCCGAAGCAUUAGAAGUAUUCAAAGACCAUCAACCAACUCUUCAAAGCUCAAGGAAAUCAAGUCGAAAUCAACAGAUUUUUGGGAUGAAGAUGCAAAAGAUGAAACUCCUCAUCCAGAAGAUGAAGAUGAUGAAAAUACAACUGUUAUGAAUGAAUAUAUCGACAAGUAUUUGAUGUUUAUUCAAGCUGUCAAGUUGGAAAAUCCACUUCACAGAUUCAUUUCAAUAACUUUACAUAUUUUCAUAAUGAUUCAAUCUCUCGUUUUGGGAUGUUCAUUGGAUUUUGGGUGGGGGGAAUAUGGUAAAUACAUUAUGAAUGUUCUUGUCAUUCCUAGAACGUUUGGAUUCCAAUACCUUCCAUAUGAGGCAUAUAUAGGACUAGCAGCUGCAUUGCUAUUAUUGGAAAGUAUAGCAAUAGCAAUCAUUUACAUGACCUAUCGUUCACUAGUUUAUGGUACUUCCUAUUGGAAAAGAAUUCGAACAGCUGGACGAAUUGCCUUUACUUCCAUCACGCUCUGUUCAAUGCCAGUGACCUUUGCCUUAAUUCAUGCAUUUUUCGAUUGUGAUUAUGAAAAGACAGUUACUCUGAGUGGAGCUUAUGAUGCAACUUAUGUUUUGAGAAGGUCAACAAAUUCCGUUUAUGGUGGAAUUGGAUUUGCAAGACUUGGAGUUGGAAUUUCGGCAUUGGUUUCAACGUUGGUAAAUAAGAAUGAUGAUUGGGAUCUUGGUUUGGGACUUACUUUUGCACCGAUUGUUUUGGGAAUUGUGGGAUUUGUAAUUGGUUUCAUUGUGACGGAUAUUUAUACUAGACGAAUCAUGACGAAAGGUCAGCAAAUUGCAUCUGUUGUGACUAGCUCACAAUCAACUCAUGAAUUGAACUUUAAUCAUUCAAAUUUACCAGCUUUGGCCAAUUUUAUCAAAUUUGCAUUGAAAGGAACUGAAGAACAACAAGAUAUCAUCUUUGAUUUUGUACGAAUCUUGUUUCGUACCACAGAUUCGAUUAGUUGUAAUUGUCUCAUCAACAUGGCUCUCUAUUCGAAAGAUAUUUGCAAACCUCCAAAUUAUUUCCAAGCCAGCACUUUCCUCAAAAAGGCAGAACAACGAAAACCAAACUUUCGUCAACAAUUCGCCAUUUAUAUGCGAAUGGCAGAAUUGGAAAAAAGUUUGGCAAUUAACAUGAAAAUCAAAGGAACUGUUGGUGAAACAGUAAUUGAAAGAUUAAAUCUCCGUAUGAAGAAACUCAGAAUUAUGAUUAUCGAAUUCUGGAAAUUAGUUUCGUCCAAAUCCAAUGUCGACCACAUUUUACAAAAGAUUGAAUCACUUUCGUAUGAAUUGGAUGUUGCAUUCCAAAAUCUCAUUCUCGAUCAUGAAGAAGACGAAACUAUCCAACAAUUAUACAAACACUAUCAGAGAGAAUUCAAUUUCAUGGCCAUGGGAAACGAAGACGAAGAAGAAGAGAAACCAAUUAAGGAAAGUGAGAAACCACCAAUGCAGUUUCUUGCACUUUCGCCAACGAAGAAUAAUCUAUUCGCAACUGAUGAUUUAAUGUUGGAUAAUUUUGAUUCCAUUUCAAUGAUGGGUGAAGAGGAAGAAGAAAAUUUUGAAACUGUUUUAGACAAGCAACAGGAAAUAUUUACGAAUGCCAUUUCGAAACCAGACGAAAAUGAGAAACUCUUCUAUUUUUUGAAUACGAGUGGUGGAUUUCAAUUGUUAUUCAUCUUAAUGGUCUUAAUCAUUGGUCUUUCACUUCUUUUCAAACUUACCUCUCUCGAUCUAUUCGAUAGUGUUUCGGUUUUGACUGCACUUCCCUUCUCAGCCUUAAUUAACAUUAACAAUUUGAACGGACAAGUCGGACCCUUAAACACAACCUCAAUCUGGAGCAUUCCAACAUUCAGAUCCAAAAUCAACACACUCGGCUCGAGUAAGGCAGUUAAAUUGGAGAAUUUGAAUGAAUUAUUUUCCACUCAAUAUGAUGAUACUGUGGUUGAGUAUUACAAUGCGGAGGAUAAGUUGAUUUUAGUGGAUGAUGAGAGCGGGAGUUGGAAGUAUACGUCAACUAAUUGGAUUGCAAAGAGAAACAAAAUGUUACUCUUGACACUUGUUGAUUUAAUUAAUCAGACCAAGUCGAGUGAUAAGAUUUCAUUGGAUAAUUCACAAUUUACCUUUUUAGGGAAUAAUGUGGAGAGAAUGUCGAAUGGAUUUGCACAGUUUUUUGAAGAUAUUUACAAAUAUUUAUAUAGUGAUUUGAAUAGCACUACAAAUGACUUUAUAAUUGUUGUGGUUUUUAUAUUCUUUUCCUUUUUGGUUUAUUCGAUAGUUCACUCAUUAUUCCUAUUAAGAUUUAUUUACAAUAGAAAGUUAAUUUUGAGAUUGUUUCAUCAAGUACCACAAGAAGAGUCAAGAUUUCUCAUCACUACUAUGGAAAAGGUUGUUGGCGAAGAACAAGAUGUCAAAAGUUCAACCAAGUCACUUUUCACAUCUGUCACCAAGUUAAUAUUCUUGGAUAUCUUUUCAAUUUUGGUUACUUGUGUUGCAUUAUCUAUGAUUAUAGCUGAUGUUUUUACAGAUUUUCAAGCUCACACUUAUGGUGUUGUCAAAUUAAGAGAAAUGUCAUAUGCCAUGAGUUAUGAACAACAAAUAAGAUAUGACAUCUUCCAAAUGGUAUUACAUCUCGAUAACCAGACAUUCAGAGAAGAACGAUCCAAACUUCUUCUUGAUCACAUUACUUCCUUCGAUACUCAUUGGACAGCUACCAGAUAUGGAAGUUCUGUAGAUGGUUAUUUGAGCUUGAGCGGAGUUAAUUCAAAUCUUGACAAUUUACUUGGAAAGACAUCUUCAAAUUGCUCAACUUUCUCUUGUAAUUCAAUGGAUGAUAAGGUUGGUUUCUUUAGAGCUCAAGCUGUAAAGCUAAAUGAAAUUCUUCGAGUUUACAAUGGAACAGUUUCAGAUUUGAACAAAAUUCCAGAAUUUCUGUAUUUGACUGCUUAUGAUUUAUAUGGAACAUUCGGUUCUCUGAACGAAAUUUUGUACUAUGCCUACUUUAAUUCACAGCCAUACUUUACCAUAAUUGGAACAGUUGUGGGAAUUCCAUUAUUAUUACUUUGCUACAUGUUGAAUUUCAUGACAAUGAAGAAUGUUCGAAAUGAAAAUUAUGUGUUGAGGAAAAUGUUGAAUUAUCUCCAUUGGGAAGUGUUGGAUUCGAAUGACGAUUUGAGAAAUUACAUUUUCCAUCACAUUCUUAAAACUGAUCCAAAAGAGAAAUCAAAACGAAAGGUACCGAAAGAAAGGGCCAUUCUUGAAGCUGCCUUAACAAGUGCCAUUGUCUGUUCUGCAAAUGGAACCAUCGAUAUUUUCAAUAAUGCAUCUGAAAAGUUAUUUGGGUUCAGAUCAGAUCAAAUGAUAGGUUUCCCAUUGGUGAAACUAUUCGAUAAGAGUUCAGAAGCAAGUUUACAACCAAUCAUUACUCAGAUGAGUAUGGCAAGCUCUGGCUAUUCAGAAACAUUGGAAUUGGUUGGUGUUAGAAAGAAUUUAGCAACUGUUUCAGUUGAAAUGAGAAUUUGUGUUUCGGUUACAGAUAGUAGAAAUGUCAUUACUUGUUUUAUCAGAGAUUUGACAGAAAUUAAAAUGCAAGUUAAGGAAUUAGCAGAACAGAAGAAGAAGAGUGAAGCUUUAUUGAUGAAUAUCAUGCCUUAUAGUGUUGCAAAGAGAUUACAAGAAGGUGGUGAAAAUUUGAUUGCUGACAAGUUCGAUCAUGUGACAUGUAUUUUUUCUGACAUAGUUGGAUUAUUAGAUUUAGGAUUAAGUGCCACUGACCUAGUUCAAAACCUUAAUGAUCUUGUCAUGCAAUUCGAUGAGGCAUGUGUCAGAUUCAAUUUGGAAAAAAUCAAAACAAUUCAAUCGAAAUAUUUUUGCACUGGCGGACUAAAAGCGAAUGAAAUGAAAGAUGAAGAACAUGAAUUGAGGGUUUUCGAAUUUGCUUUGAAUCUAUUCGAAAUAUUUAAUGAUUUCCAAUUGAGAAAUGAACAUCGUAAUUGGAAUAUUGGAUUAAGGGCAGGAAUUAAUGCAGGACCUUUGGUUGCGGGAGUUUGCGGAGUAUUGAAAUAUGCCUAUGAUAUUUGGGGAGAUGCUGUGAAUGCUGCUUCAUUGGAGGUUGCCACUGAAAGUGUUGCUUUCGUAUCGAAUGCUCCCUCUGGAAAAUUGAUCAUGCAUGGAACGCUCUAUAAACCAAUUAUUUCUGGUUCCGAAACAACUGUUCAAAGAGGUGCUGUUGUGCUAGUACAUGGAAGUGGAGCUAGUAAUAGAAAUGAAUCAGCUAUGAAUUAUGCCUUUUUGAAUACGAUGGGUUUUCCAAAGAAGGAUCCAAAUUGUGGAUUGACCUUUAUGAAUUUUCAAGUGUUUUAUGAACUAGGAAUGGAAUUGGCAAAGAGUGGAUUGGUUGUUUUGACCUAUGAUAAGAGAGGUCAUUGUUCUGGACAUGAGGAGUGUAAAUUAUGUACUGUGAAUCAAUUGACGCAUCAUUUUGAGAAUUGUUGGUAUGGAGGACCUUCUGAUGCACCUCAGCAAUUUGAUUACAAUUUAGUAACCUUGGAUGAUUUUGCAAUUGAUGCAGUGAGUGGAUUGGAAUAUUUGUCAACUCGUCCAGAUGUCAAUCCUUCCAAGUUGGGAAUUUUGGGACAUUCAGAAGGUGUCAAUGUAGUUCUCAAAUCAUUUAAUUUGUUCAACAGUGAAAGUAAUGUGAAAAUGGGGAAGCAAGUCAUUAACGUAUUUCUAAUGAAUGGAUUGGUAUUUAAUUAUGGACAAUUUCUAGUGAAACAAAAUUUGAGAAUGGUUACUAAUUGGAAUAUUUUGAAAGAGGCAUGUGAAAAGGAAGAUCCAACUUCUCAACUCAUUCCAAUAGCAAAUUCGAAUAUGGAUAUUAGUAAUAAGACUGCAGUUGCAUUAGCAAACUUCUUCCCUCUCUUUGAGAAGGGUAGUUAUCCAAUUGACUGGGCUUACAAUAUUGGAGGUUAUGUUAGUGGAAGAUUCAUUCAAUCUGCAUUUAAUUAUACUUCGAUUGAGUUUACAAAACUACAUUUACUCAAGUCAGCAACAAUGCCAUUUGUUUGCGCACUCAAUUCUCCAACUGACGCCAAUGUUCACCCAGAAGAUUACAAGAAUUUGAUCGAUGUCUUAUCUCAAAGAGAUGCUCGUCUAACAUUUAGUCAAGUUUAUCCUAAUCUUACUCAUUUCGAUUCUCCAAGUGAUUUGAGCACUACUGUUGAAUCACAUCCUGAAAAUCCUCUAUUGGAAAAGUACGUCAAAACAUUGGACAGUUUUACAGUGUCCGAUCUCGAAGAAAUUGAACAAUUACUUGGGAAAGUUUCAUCUGCCAAGUUGAAAAAUUUGUUACAACGUGAUUUGACACUUGCUCGUUCAAAAUUGUCAACUAGAUUAUUGAAUGAAAGUGUAGAAAGAGAAAAUGAAAAGAGAGGACAUUUUGUAAAGAAAAAGACAAUUCUCGUUGAGAGAGAAAUUGAAAUUAUUGAAGAAGAUGAAGAAGGAUACAUCCAACAACAUGUUAAAGGAUACAAAGAAAAGGUUAGAAGUUUGAAACAAUUACUUCCUGAUAAGAAAACAAAAGAAAUUAGAGAUGCUUUGAUUAGAUGUAAAGGUCGUGAAGAAGCAGCUAUGGAAGGAUUAUUGACAGGUGAAUUACCUCGUCGUCCAGAUAUUCCAAAGAUCAAAACCAAGAAGAUUAUCAAGGAAGCAAAGGAAGUUAUUGAAACUGAAAGUUUGAGUACAAAUAGUGAAAAUCCACCUAUUCAAUUCUUUGAAGAUGUUACACUUCCAAAAUAUGAAAAUAAUGUCAAUGUUUUAAGUGAUCGUAUCAAGAGAAUGAAAGAAAUGAUUGAUAUGGAAAAGAAGGAAACUGAUAGAUUGACCAAACAAGUAGAAUCCUUCAAGAGUAAAUCUUCCUCUUCAUCUUUGGGAGAUUGGAUCGGAAAGAAUGAAACUGGCAGUUCCAGUAAUGAUGGCACUCUCACUGAAGAGGAAGAAUACAAAAAGAAUAGAAUGUACUUGCCUGGAGAAUAUGAAACAAUGGAAAGGGAUGAACCAAGAACAUUUACCUUCAAACCAGAAAGAACCUUCUCCAAUGAAGUUUCUCACAUUCACUUUAGAGUUGCUGAAUCUGAAUUUUACAGAUUGCUCACUACCAAGACACAAUUUAGAAUUACCGAAGUUAAAUAUGUUGUCACACCUGGUUUGGUUAAACAAUUUGAAGCCAGUAGACAUAAUCUUGCCUACGAUUUGAAUACCAAAUAUCCUGAAGUCAAGCCAAUUUUAACAUUUAUGGAUAUUUCGGAUUAUAGUGAUGAUAAUAUCGAUUGGAUUUGUAAGAAUGGUGUAAGAAAUAACAGUGGCAAACCAUAUGUCUUUACAAAUCUUGCUGCACAAGCUAAUGCUGUCAUUGCCAAGAACACCAAGAUUAUGCUCUUCCUUGUCUUGCCAGGUAGAAGUGCUGUUCGUGAUUUGAAUAAGUUACAAAAUGCUGAUAUUUCCAGUUUGGGAGCUAAUCACUCUUUAAGAACAUCCGACUCUAUGAAUCAUGCUGUAUUCAAUAAUGAACUCAUUCUUCCAUACUAUGUCGUCUCCUAUUCCAAUUCUCAAACAACAUAUAAUCCUCAAACUGGUACAGUGCAGGGAGUUGUCAGAUUGGACGAAGAAUGGAAGCAUAUUGAAGCCAAUGCUCAAGCUGAUAAAUUCAUGAAUGAUGUUAAGGAAUUUUAUCAAAAGGCACUGAUUCAAGGAUCAAAGGAAAGAGUUUUGGAUCCAACCACAUUUGUAAAUGAUGUAAUGGAGGAUGAAUCGACACCUGGAAGUGGUUUGAGUGGUGGAGAUCAAUUCGAUAUGGAUACACCAACUCCUGGAACAGCCUCUUCAUUUAAAUUUGAAGAUGAUACUUUCUAAUAUUAUUUCACCAAUGGCAUUAAAAUUACUUUAUUU